AUGUUAAAUUAAUAAAGACUUGAUCAAUAAGACACAUUAAGAAAUGAAUACUAAUCGACAAGACCUAUUUCUUAGCAAUUCGUAUAUACAAGCGGAGUGUAACAAGUUCCUUUUGCAGGUCAAUAAGUGCAACAAGAAGAAUUUGUAUUUGAUGGAAGAAAUUAAGCAUUUAAUCAAUAAGGAGUUUAAUUUCCUAAUAAUUUUGUCACAGCACAAGUCACAAACUAUCCAUCCAUUAAUCCUUGCAAUCCUUGUUAGGCAUCACCAUUGCAUAUGCAAAUUGUAGUUGUAAAUAGAGAGGAAAUCGAGGCUCCCUGGAGAUUAGAAUGCGAGUACCUUUAAUCAGUUAUUACUGAACUUGAAUCCAGACAAUUAGAAACAAAGGUCGUUGAGAAAGUCAUUGAAAAGGAGAAGAUUGUGAAGGAUACUGAAUCCAUUACUUAAUUAGAGAAUGAAUUGAAUAGAUUGAGAUUAAGUAACUAAUAGGAAGUAAGUGAUUUGAGAAGACAAAUUUCUGAAUUGUAGAUGCAAAAUGCAAAUUUGAAUAAUUAAUUAAAGUAAAAGGAUUAAGAACUAUUACUCAUUAAGACAAGUUCAAGUUCAAGCGAAUCAAGAUAUAAGCAACUUGAAAAUGAACUGUAAAAUUGGAAGAAUCAAUGCAGAAACAAAGAUUAAGAAUUGGCUAUGUUAAGAGAUUAAGUCUAGGAUUUGUAAGAUGCAAAUAGUAAAUUACAAAUGGAAUUGAGUUCAUUGAGGUUGAUCAUAUAAUAAAAGGAUAAUGAAUUAGAAAAAUAUAGAGUUACAUCACUUGAAUUGAGAUCAGCAGCUAAUGAGAGCAGAGAUGCUUAAUCAAGAAUUAGAGAAUUAGAAAUGGAAGUUAAUAAUUUGAAGGGUUUGCUAUAUUAGAGAACUACUGAAUGUGAAGACUUAAGAAAUCAAUUAUCUCUUAAUGACAAAGAAUAUAGUUCUAAAAUUAAUCAAUAUAGAUUCUAAAUUAGUGAUUUGGAGUAAGAAAUUUUGAGAUUGAAAACAGAAAUUGAAAAAUUAAGAUAAUUGUUAGCCAAUAGGGAUCACGAAAUAGAUGAUUUGCAUUUAAGAAUCUAAUAUUUGGAAGAAUAAGGAACUACUGUUGUCUAAGAGAAGGUGACUUUCUUAAGUUCUGAAAUUGAAGUUUGGAAAUAGAAAUUCAUCAAGAUUAAUCAUGAUUAUAAUGAAUGUUAGGAACAAUUGAUGAUGGCAUAAGCAGAAUUAGAAGCUCUUUAGAAGCAAUAAAAGAAAGAAGUAGUCGUGGAAAAGAGAACUGUAACAAGAUCAACCGUUGGUAGUAGCAGCAUUCAAAAAUAAUAUUGAUAAUGAAUCAUACAAUAUAUAAUAAUAAACAAUAACAAUAUCU